CGUGCUCGAUAUUUGCGGCGUGACACGGGUUCGAAAGUCGUGCGUGAUAAAAAAAAAACUUGUGUCGUGAUCGGGGGAUUUCGAGGGGCGUUUCCUUCUUUCUCCUCGGCGCUGGGAAAAACUUUUCCUGGGCCGGAAUUCUUCGAAUUUACGUUUGCUCAAUGUCAAAUCGAGCGUUCGACCUUCUGGUUAUAAUCACGGCACAUUGAUCGGGUAUUUGCACCGCAAUUGACCAUGCGAUUUGGGCCAUUUCCGGACGAAAGCACGGCGUAAACAAUCCGAUCGCCGGCGGCGGACGACGCUGUGGCCCCCACGCAUGCAGCCAGUGGCGCCGCGGGGGCCCGCUGCACAUUGUGUUGGUGGUGCACAGUGGUUCUGGUUGCGAUCAGCCUGACGACGCUCCUCCGGCCGGGCUCAGUUUCAGCCUCAGCCCUCGCGGUGCCAAUGCCAAUGCCGGAAUCGGGGAUUCCCCGUUCCAGUCACGCCCUGCAGCAGGAACACCAGGUAUCCGCCACACCGACGUGGUGGUCGCUAAUCGAGAUACUAAGUCGAACUGAGCGCACUGAACGGCCAAGUAGAAGCGGUGGCAAGUGUUUGAGAUGCCAGAGCAGCGAUUCGAUCAGCAGUUCAAUAUCGAAUGCAACUGGAAGCGGCGGCGAAAGUGUGAGUUCGAGUUCUGUGCCAAGUGCGCCGGCGCAGAGUGCUGUAUAUAGUGGUAGUGCAAUUUUGUGCAGUGUAAAUAGUGCAAAUAAUACGCGUAAGUUAAAUUUAAUUCUGAGCAAGUCACAGCAAAAGCGAGGGGAGCGCUUCGCUGUUGGCACAAAUUUGCAAAAUAAAUUACCAGCAUCGAGUGCGGAUUGCCACUUAAGUCCAAGUGCCGAGACAAAUAUUCGUACCACAACCGCAGCCGAUCCACCGCGAUCCCCGUUCUGUCCGCCGUGUUCAUAUAGUCAUCUCCAUCAUCGUCGUCACUGGCAUCGGCAUCGGCAUCGCCAUCGUCCUCGUCAUAGCCAGCAUCAUCAACGUCAUUAUCGUCAUCGUGGCAAGUGUUGUCGUUGUCGCGACGCGUCGCAGUCUGCAUCCGCAUCGCCCGCGUCUAUGCUCUUGCCAUAUCAAAUUAAUCAACGUGCUACAUUGUUGCAGCAAUCUGCAACAGCAGCAACAACAUCAACUACAUUGCCACAUGUGCCCGGGGCAGCAGCAGCAAGAGCAGCAACAACAGCAAACGUAUCUCUGCGUGCCGUGCCUCGUAUUUUUAAACGCAAACGUGAUACGGUCCAAACAGCGACCACUGCAUCACCUUUGACCCCGCAGCAACAUCCAACAGUCGCAGCAGCAACAUCAGCCACAUCCACAACAACCACGCGCAGAUCGCGACUCGAAUUCAUACUGUACACGGAAGUCUACCAAGUCGACGAGGAUUCGGUUUCCUCCAGCGAUUUCCAUUCGAAGUCGAACGUGGGCAGCGACGAGCCCUUCUGGCAGAAUUACGGUAAGUGA